AUGAGGAUGGGCCCGACGAAGGGUGGAGGCAAAUCUGGCGGGAUGGGCGUGCAGAGACGAAAGAAAGACAAGUCACUUUUUGGAGUGGUGACAGGGAGGGUCCUUCCGAAAACAUACGCGGAGAGCGUGCUCCAGCUGGCAGCCGCGCCGGACUCUGCCCUAGCAGCUCGCUCUUGGGGCAGGCGCACGGCUAAGUUUGCGUCGAACGGACGCAGGCUGGCCAGACGGGAGCCUGGAUGGCCACCUGCAAAAGUGCUGGUCACCUAUAGGAGCAGCGAACCAUAG